UUAUGUUUACAUAUUUUACAGAUUUCAAAAUGCUAAGCCGGAUCCGGAUCAUGGGCGGAUAAUGAAAUGAAGUGAUAAAGUGAGGUGUCUUCUAAAGGAAAUUGAUGAUAUUUCAUCAGAAAUGGGAACUGAGCAGAUUCACAAUGUCCUUUUGGACAUGCUCAAAGUGGACACCAUUGAAGAAGCAUUCAACAGUUUCAUGUAUCAUCGAUCCAAAUCGGAAGAAAAAGAAAAGAUUUUGAAAAUUCAAAAUGAGCUCCAGACGAUCAUUUCUGCUCUUCCUCCUGACCAGCUUGAGGCUGUCGUAAAACAGUUCUUGGGUCUAGCAACUUUGAAAGUCAAUCAAAGCCGAAUUCAACAACUCUUCGUUCUUCUAGAAAACUUUGUCUCUAACAAUGUUCUCUCUGCUCGGAUGGUGUGUGAAUGUAUUUUAAUGAGUGAGAAAUUAGUGUACACAAACGAUGACUACUGGAUUCGAUGCUUUCAACUCAUCAGGAAAAUAAUCGGAGGUGUUGACUACAAAGGUGUUCGUGAGAUUAUGAGAGGCUGCUGUGAAAAAGCUCAAACAUUUCCUGAAAACUUGACAGCAGCAGUACUUCCUCAACUCAAAGCACUGACCAAUGUUUUAGAACAUAUUUUUGAUAGGAAUGCCUGUCUUCUUCCUGGCUAUUUCAUCAACAAUGAAGUGCAAAAAGAGUACCCGGACAACAAUGCCUGGCCUCAUUGGACACUAGCGCCUUUACUUUCAAAUUUUGUUGAAGGCUUCAGAUCGGUCGCUCAAAUGCUUACCAUCAUUGGGCAUUCUUCAAUGCUUCCUGUUGUGGAACAUUCAGGUUAUGCUGAUCAUCUGAUUAAUCCUUGGAAGCUGGAUCCUACCACUUUAAAAUUUACCUUGAAAGGAAACCUUCCGUAUGAAAAAUCUUUGUCAGAACCUCAAACACAUCUACUGCGCUACGUUUUGGAACAACCAUAUUCAAGAGAUAUGGUUUGUGCAAUGCUUGGAUUACAAAAAACGGUAAAGGUGCGAUGUGUCGUUUUGGAAGAACAAAUUGUGGAGUUAGCAGUUGUUGCAAUGGAGAGAAGUGAAAAUGAGCAACCUGUUGGAGAAGGUGUCGAUACUACAAGCACACAUUGGCUUUGGCUUCACUUAUCAUCGCAACUCAUCUAUUUUGUUCUCUUCCAAUUUGCAAGCUUCCCUAACAUAGUUAAUGCACUUCAUGACAAGCUGGCAAACAGAGAUCUUCGGAAAGGAAGAGACCACCUCAUGUGGGUUUUGUUGCAGUUCAUAUCUGGAAGUAUUCAACGGAAUCCUCUGAGUAAUUUUCUCCCUGUUCUGAAACUCUAUGAUUUAUUGUAUCCGGAGAAAGAGCCUUUACCUGUGCCUGAUGUGAACCAUGCUCUUUGCACUCACCACAUGGCAGCCACUUGCAUAUGGAUCCAUUUACUGAAAAAGGCUCAAACCGAGAAACUGAAUAUGACUCGACCCAUUCCUCUCACACUUCAGAACCACCAUGAUUUCUUGCAGCAUUUGGUUUUUCCAAACACAAAUUUAAGCAUGGGUUCCGAUUAUAGAAUAGCUUUACUGUGCAAUGCAUACUCGACAAAUUCUGACUAUUUUUCCCGGCCGAUGACUGCUUUAGUCGACUCAAUUCAGAAAGGCCCAGCGCAAGCAGCACAAGUUCCGACACCAUUGCCAAACAAUGCAGCUCUAUCGAAUGGGCCAACAACUCCCCUCUCAAUGUCAAUCCUAGACUCACUGACGGUCCAUUCAAAAAUGAGCCUUAUACACAGUAUUGUGACACAUGUCAUAAAACUUGCUCAAUCUAAAUCAAGCAUGGCUUUAGCUCCAGCUCUGGUGGAAACUUACAGCCGCUUACUAGUGUAUACUGAAAUAGAGUCACUGGGAAUAAAAGGUUUUAUAAGUCAGCUGCUGCCCACAGUUUUUAAGUCACAUGCAUGGGGAACUCUGUACACUUUGCUGGAAAUGUUCAGUUACCGAAUGCAUCAUAUUCAACCACAUUAUCGAGUCCAGCUUCUAUCCCACCUUCACAGUUUGGCAGCUGUACCACAAACAAAUCAAACACAGCUUCAUUUAUGCGUCGAAAGCACUGCUUUGAAACUGAUCACGGGUUUAGGAAGUGCAGAAGUACAACCUCAGUUGUCAAGAUUUUUAAGUGAACCAAAAACCCUUGUAUCAGCUGAGUCGGAAGAGUUAAAUCGAGCAUUGGUGUUAACUUUGGCAAGAUCAAUGCAUGUUACUGGGACUGGCGGUGAUCCUGUCUCAGGAAGCUGGUGUCGAGAAUUACUUAAUACAAUAAUGCAAAACACUCCGCACAGUUGGGCCAAUCACACAUUGAUUUGUUUUCCCUCCGCACUGCAGGAAUUCUUCCAGCAAAAUUCAGUUCCCAUUGAGAACAAGCAACAGUUAAAAAAAGCUGUCGAAGAAGAGUAUCACAAUUGGGCCUCAAUGACAAAUGAAAAUGAUAUCAUAGCUCACUUCUCAGUUCCUGGUAGCCCGCCUCUCUUCCUCUGCUUACUAUGGAAACUCAUCCUUGAAACGGACAGAAUCAACCCCAUAGCCUACAAAAUUCUAGAACGAAUUGGUGCCAGAGCAUUGUCAGCUCAUCUGCGCAAGUUCUGUGAUUAUUUGGUUUUUAAAUUUGCCAAUUCUGAAGAAAGUCAACGUAUCAAUAAAGGAGUUGAUGCGAUCAAUAAUAUGAUUUGGAAAUAUAAUAUUCUCACCAUUGACCGACUUGUUUUAUGUUUGGCUUUACGGACUCAAGAGGGCAAUGAGGCGCAGGUCUGCUUUUUCAUCAUUCAACUACUUCUUUUCAAAGCAUCUGAAUUUAGAAAUCGAGUCCAAGAAUUUGUUGCAGAGAACUCUCCUGAGCACUGGAAGCAAUCAAAUUGGCAUGAAAAACAUCUCGCUUUCCACAGAAAGUACCCAGAGAAGUUCGCUCCAGAGGGCAUAAUUGAACAAACCAGUGGUUCCUCUUCAUCAUACCAGUCAUUACCUGUUUACUUUGGCAAUGUUUGUCUCAGAUUUCUUCCAGUCUUUGAUAUAGUGAUACAUCGGUAUUUAGAAUUGCCUCCGUCAAUUACCAAAACCCUGGAAACUCUUUUGGAACACCUUGGUUGCUUGUACAAAUUCCAUGAUCGGCCAGUCACUUACUUGUAUAAUACCUUACAUUAUUAUGAGCAGAAGCUCCGGGAUCGUCCUCUGUUGAAACGUAAAUUGGUCUCUGCAGUCCUUGGUUUUCUGUACGUUUCAAGAGCACCUGGGUGGGGUCUUUCAAAAGCAUAUCUUGCCUAUAUGCAAAGUGAUCGCACAUCUUGGAUUCCUGAUUUAGAUUAUUAUGUCCAGUUAAUUCGCAGGAUUGUUGAAACAAUGACAGGUACAAGUAACUUUCCAGCAACUGACUGGCGUUUCAAUGAGUUUCCAAAUCCUGCAGCCCAUGCCUUGUAUGUCACUUGCGUUGAAUUGAUGGCAACUCCUGUACCUCCAAGUGUUGUAGGAAAUGCACUUCUGGAUGUUAUUGUCAAAGGAUACAAUGCAAUACCAUCCAACGAAAUACAUAUGUGGAUAAAUAGUAUUGGUCUCAUUAUGUCUGCUCUUCCGGAUUCAUACUGGUUAGUGCUUCAUGAUCGGCUCGAAGAAAUUGUUAGCUGUCCAAGCCUCCUAGAAUGGAAGUACCGUUUCUCACCUUUCCAGUUAUUGAAUUUCAAGCUGACUCACAAUUCGCUGCUUCCCUCAAAGUUGGCCUAUACAUUAGCUUUGGCUCAUGCAAUAUGGCAUCAUGCUGGUGUCGGUCAUAUCUCAACACUCCCGACGUUCAUGAAGGAAAAACUGCUCCCUAAAAUCAAACAUGAAGAACAGUUCAUCUUCCUGUGUCAUUUAAUCGGCCCCUUUUUGCAGCGGUUCAACUCCGAUCGCCCGCGCUAUGUCGUCGACCUAACGAUUGAAUUGUACAAUGCCCUGGCACAGGUCGACCAAUCAGUGGACCAUCUAAACUACAUGGACCCAAUCUGUGACCUGCUGUACCAUAUUAAGUACAUGUUUGUCGGUGACAUAAUGAAGAACGAUGUUGAAGCCAUUAUCAGGAAGUUAAGGCCAGCACUUCAAAUGCGUCUGAGAUUCAUUGCCCAUAUUAGUAUUGAGGAAAUCAACCCUCCAAGGUAAAAGACUCUUUUUUUCCUCUCACAGGUGACCUCUCAAUUGCUUAGUAAGUAAGGAGAGUAUACAUCGACCAAUGAAGCGCAUUGUCUAACUUCCAUUUUAUGACAGGAUAGUUUGCUAAAAUUUGAAAAGUACCCUGGUUGAUCAUAGAUCAAGGCGGCUCUUAGUAUUUAGAUGUCCCACCGGAGCCGAAAAUGUCAUCGGACCACUAAAUGUACCAUACAAACCUAAAAUUCACCAAAAAAAGCAUUAAUAGUUGUUUUUUAAGAAGAGUUUAAAUUUACCUAGAGGUGAUGUAACUAGGCCUGAAAGCAAUAAUGUAUGUAUCUAAUAAAUUAUAUUGCUGAAAAGGAAAGCAUUUGAUCCGCAGCAUGCCCCAUGAAUUUUUCAAAUCCCAAAUGAAAGAGAUUUAUCAGUGGUCUUUGGCUAAAAGCUGUAAAUACAAAGCAAGUUUUUUUUAAUAAAUCAUAUUUAUUAAUUUUAUCUUUUUAUGUGAAUGAAACUGAAUAUUUUUAGUGUGUAUCAAACAGGUGUAAGUACAAAAUGUAGGUAAUCUAUAAUUUCUCUUAAAACUUGUAAUGGUCGAUUGUUGUACAUAUUCCUUUAACAGACUAAGAAAACAAUUCUAAGUAGGUAAAUUUUCUUCAUUCUGUAAAUAAUUUUGAUUUGUACAGUUUUUAAUAAAUGCAUUUUGUUACAAAUAA